GCUUUUUCCAUCGACAUUAUUCGGCACAAAGACUCCAUGGAUGAACUGUUCAGCCAGCGCAACGAGAUCUUCGGGACGUGCGGGGAGGAACAAAAAGCUGUUCUCCAGGAGAAAACCGAGUCCCUGGUGCAGCAGUACGAAGCCGUCAGCCAGCUCAACUCGGAGCGUUACGCUCGCUUGGAGCGCGCCCAGGUCCUGGUCAACCAGUUCUGGGAGACCUAUGAGGAGCUGAACCCGUGGAUCGAGGAGACUCAAGCCCUCAUCUCCCAGCUGCCGCCUCCCGCCAUCGAUCACGAGCAGCUCAAGCAGCAGCAGGAGGACAUGAGGCAACUGAGAGAAUCCAUUGCUGAACACAAGCCUCAUAUUGACAAGCUGCUGAAAAUCGGCCCGCAGCUCAAGGACCUCAACCCCGAGGAAGGGGAGAUGGUGCAGAAAAAAUACUCAACGGCUGAGGCCAUGUAUGCCAAAAUCAAGGAGGAGGUGUGUCAGCGGGCGCUCGCACUCGACGAAGCCGUCUCGCAGUCCGCCCAGUUCCAUGACAAGAUUGAGCCCAUGCUGGAGACGCUGGAGAGCCUCUCGUCCCGCCUGCGCAUGCCGCCCCUCAUCCCCGCCGAGGUCGAGAAGAUCCGGGAGUGCAUCAGCGAGAACAAAAACGCCGCCGUGGAGCUGGAGAAGCUGCAGCCUUCCUUCGAGGCUCUGAAACGCCGCGGGGAAGAGCUGAUCGGCCGAUCGCAGGGAACGGACAAGGACCUGGCAGCAAAAGUAAUCCAGGAUAAGUUGGAUCAGAUGGUCUUCUUCUGGGAAGACAUCAAAGCUCGGGCGGAGGAACGUGAAAUGAAGUUCCUUGAUGUCCUGGAGCUUGCAGAGAAGUUCUGGUAUGACAUGGCAGCCCUCCUGACUACCAUCAAAGACACGCAGGACAUCGUUCACGACCUGGAGAGCCCCGGCAUUGACCCCUCCAUCAUCAAGCAGCAGGUGGAAGCGGCGGAGACUAUUAAAGAGGAGACGGACGGCUUGCACGAAGAGCUGGAGUUCAUCCGACUCCUUGGAACUGAUUUAAUUUUUGCCUGUGGCGAAACUGAGAAACCAGAAGUGAAAAAGAGCAUUGAUGAGAUGAACAACGCGUGGGAAAAUCUAAACAAAACGUGGAAGGAGAGGCUUGAAAAGCUUGAAGAAGCCAUGCAGUCGGCUGUGCAAUACCAAGACACGCUUCAAGCCAUGUUUGACUGGCUGGAUAACGCCGUCAUCAAGCUCUGCAACUUGUCUCCUGUCGGCACCGACCUCAACACGGUGAAGGAGCAAAUGAACGAGAUGAAGGAGUUUAAAAUGGAGGUUUACCAGCAGCAGAUUGAGAUGGAAAAGCUUAAUCACCAAGGUGAACUGAUGCUAAAAAAAGCUACAGAUGAGACAGACAGAGACAUCAUAAAGGAACCACUGACAGAGCUGAAACAUCUCUGGGAGAAUUUGGGCGAGAAAAUUGCUCACAGACAGCAUAAGUUAGAAGCUGCCCUCCUGGCCCUGGGCCAGUUCCAGCACGCCUUGGCUGAGCUGAUGGCCUGGCUGACCCACACCGAGGAGCUGCUCGACGCGCAAAAACCCAUCAACGGAGACCCAAAAGUCAUCGAGGUCGAGCUCGCCAAGCACCACGUGCUGAAGAACGACGUCCUGGCCCACCAAGCGACCGUGGAGACGGUGAACAAAGCGGGCAACGAGCUGCUGGAGUCGAGCGCCGGGGACGAUGCCAGCAGCCUGCGCAACCGCCUGGAGAAGCUGAACUCGUGCUGGGAGUCGGUGCUGCAGAAGACGGAGGAGAGGGAGCAGCAGCUUCAGUCCACACUCCAGCAGGCCCAGGGUUUCCAUGGUGAGAUUGAAGACUUCCUCCUGUGGCUAACGAGGAUGGAGAGCCAAUUGUCGGCAUCAAAACCCACAGGAGGUCUGCCAGAAACUGCCCGGGAACAACUCAAUGCCCACAUGGAGCUGUACGGCCAGUUCAAAGCCAAGGAGGACGUGUACAGCCAGCUGCUGGCCAAGGGGCGACUGAUGCUGCUCAACCGCGACGACUCUGGCUCUGGCUCGAAGACGGAGCAGAGCGUCGCGCUGCUGGAGCAGAAGUGGUGUCUGGUCAGCACCAAGAUGGAGGAGAGAAAGGCGAAGCUGGAGGAGGCCCUAGCCUUGGCCACGGACUUCCAGAACUCCCUCCAGGACUUCAUCAACUGGCUCACGUUGGCCGAGCAGAGCCUGAACAUCGCGCCCCCGGCCAGCCUCAUCCUCAACGCCGUGCUGGCCCAGAUCGAUGAGCACAAGGUGUUCGCCAACGAGGUGAAUGCUCAUCGGGAUCGCAUCAUCGAGCUGGAUCAAACUGGGAACCAGCUGAAGUUUCUCAGUCAAAAGCAGGACGUGGUGUUGAUCAAGAACCUGCUGGUGAGCGUCCAGUCCCGCUGGGAGAAGGUCGUCCAGCGCUCGGUGGAGCGGGGACGGGCUCUUGAUGAUGCCAGGAAGCGAGCCAAGCAGUUCCAUGAAGCUUGGAAGAAACUGAUUGAUUGGCUGGAGGAUGCAGAGAAUCACCUGGACUCAGAGCUGGAGAUUUCCAAUGAUCCUGACAAAAUCAAGCUCCAACUCUCCAAACACAAGGAGUUCCAGAAGACACUGGGGGGGAAGCAGCCCGUCUACGACACCACGAUCAGGACGGGCAGGGCCCUCAAAGAAAAAGCCUUGCUUCCAGAUGACACUCAAAAGCUGGACAAUUUACUGGGAGAAGUCCGGGACAAGUGGGACACAGUGUGUGGCAAAUCUGUGGAAAGGCAGCACAAGCUGGAAGAAGCGCUCUUGUUCUCUGGCCAGUUCAUGGAUGCGCUGCAGGCCUUGGUGGACUGGCUCUACAAGGUGGAACCCCAGUUGGCUGAAGACCAGCCUGUCCAUGGCGACCUGGAUCUGGUCAUGAACCUGAUGGAUGCUCAUAAGGUCUUCCAGAAGGAGCUGGGGAAGCGCACGGGGACAGUCCAGGUGCUCAAGCGCUCCGGGCGGGAGCUCAUUGAGAACAGCCGGGACGACACGACUUGGGUGAAAGUGCAGCUGCAAGAGCUGAGCAACCGGUGGGACACGGUGUGCAAGCUCUCCGUGUCCAAACAAACCCGCCUGGAGCAGGCCUUGAAGCAGGCAGAGGAGUUCAGAGCGGCCGUGCAGAUGCUGCUGGAGUGGCUCUCGGAGGCAGAGCAGUCCCUGCGCUUUCGGGGAGCGCUUCCCGACGACGCCGAAGCGCUGCAGUCCCUCAUCGACGCCCACAAGGAGUUCAUGAAGAAAGUGGAGGAGAAAAGAGUGGACGUGAACGCGGCCGUGGGCAUGGGAGAGGUCAUCCUGGCCGCCUGCCAUCCCGACUGCAUCACCACCAUCAAACACUGGAUCACCAUCAUCCGAGCCAGGUUCGAGGAGGUUCUCACGUGGGCGAAGCAGCACCAGCAGAGACUGGAGUCGGCGCUUUCCGAGCUGGUGGCGAACGCCGAGCUUCUGGAAGAGCUUCUGGCUUGGAUCCAGUGGGCUGAGACAACCCUGAUCCAGCGGGACCAGGAGCCCACGCCUCAAAAUAUUGAUCAGGUCAAAGCCCUCAUCUCCGAACACCAGUCCUUUAUGGAGGAGAUGACACGGAAGCAGCCAGACGUGGACCGGGUCACGAAGACAUACAAGAGGAAAGCUACGGAGCCCCCCCACGGACCUUUCAUCGAGAAGUCCCGCAGCAACAGUCAGUUCAGUUUAUACUUGAAGGAGUUUGCAAACUUCGACUUCGACGUCUGGCGGAAGAAAUACAUGCGCUGGAUGAACCACAAGAAAUCCCGCGUCAUGGACUUCUUCCGGCGCAUCGACAAAGACCAGGAUGGGAAGAUCACCCGGCAGGAGUUUAUCGACGGCAUCCUGGCCUCUAGUAAGUCCCUGCCUGCCCUAAGCNNNCCGGCGGUGUCCGACAUCUUUGACCGGGACGGCGACGGCUACAUCGAUUACUACGAGUUUGUGGCCGCUCUCCAUCCCAACAAGGAUGCCUACCGGCCCACCACCGACGCUGACAAGAUCGAAGACGAGGUCACCAGGCAAGUGGCCCAGUGCAAGUGUGCCAAGAGAUUUCAAGUGGAGCAGAUCGGCGAGAACAAAUACCGGUUCGGCGAUUCCCAGCAGCGGCGGCUGGGCCGUAUCCUGCGGAGCACCGUGAUGGUUCGCGUCGGGGGAGGCUGGAUGGCCCUGGAUGAGUUUUUAGUGAAGAACGAUCCUUGCAGAGCACGAGGACGCACCAACCUCGAACUCCGAGAGAAAUUCAUCUUGCCGGAGGGCGCCUCGCAGGGAAUGACCCCCUUCCGAUCGCGAGGCCGAAGGUCGAAACCAUCCUCCCGAGCAGCCUCCCCGACGCGAUCCAGCUCCAGCGCCAGCCAGAGCAACCACAGCUGCGCAUCGAUGCCGUCCUCUCCCGCCACUCCGGCCAGCGGAGCCAAGACUCCACAUCACUUCUCUCGAUGUUAUGACAAACCCUGGUUGAUAAACAGUAAAGCGGGCACCCCCCUGAGGGGAUUCGAUUAUUCCGACUUCCAGCUCUCGAGCGCCGAG